UCAAUCCUCAUCUAUAUAUUCGGGCCGGGCGCCGCGGCUUGUUCCACCCAACCCACCCAUCGAUCGAAAAUUGCACACGCGCGUGGAUUCCAUCUCGGUCGCCGACACACCACCACUUGGACGUGGCCCUGGCGUGCAAGAUGAGCGAGUCCUUCUCCCUUGCUCCACCCGGGGUGUCCAUUGCGGAGGUGCACGCCGGCAACCGCGAGCGCCUCGUGGCCGCGCUCCGCAACCACCUCUCCGCCGCCGGCCGCCCUCUCCGCGGCGGCAUCGUCCUUCUCCAGGGCGGCGAGGAGCAGACCCGUUACUGCACCGACCACGUCCCGCUCUUCAGGCAGGAGAGCUACUUCGCGUAUCUGUUCGGGGUGCGAGAGCCGGGGUUCUACGGCGCGGUCGACAUUGCUUCCGGACAGUCCAUCUUGUUCGCUCCAAGGUUGUCACCUGGCAACGUUAUCUGGAUGGGUGAAAAAGAUUUGCCUUAUUUCAAGGACAUGUACAAGGUCGAUUUGGUCUUCUAUGUUGACGAGCUUGCGCAGGUUCUCCGACGUCAGUUCAGCGAGCAUGGCCAUGGAGAGCCGCUUCUCUUUCUCUUGUACGGAAGGAACACCGACAGCGGGAACUACUCAAGGCCCGCCAGUUUUGACGGGAUAGACAAGUUCGACACCGAUUUAAGCACGCUCCAUCCUAUCUUGACUGAAUGCCGUGUCAUAAAAUCUGACAUGGAGCUUGCCCUCAUUCAGCAUGCCAAUGAUGUCAGCUCAGAAGCACACAUCAAGGUCAUGAGACGGAUCAAGCCAGGCAUGAAGGAACAAAAGUUGGCGAACAUCUUCUGUUGCCAUGCAUCAAUGUACGAAGGCUGCCGGCACUGCGCCUACACAUGCAUAUGCGCCACUGGACAGAACACUUCCAUUCUUCAUUAUGGACAAAAUGAUGGGACGGUGAACGACGGAGACAUGGCUCUGAUGGACAUGGGAGCCGAAUACAACUUCUACGGCUCUGACAUCACAUGCUCAUACCCUACAAACGGAAAAUUCACAAGAAGCCAGGCAGUUGUGUACAAUGCCGUCCUCAAGGCUCAUAACGAUGUGAUAUCGCAUAUGCGGCCUGGAGUGAACUGGAUCGACAUGCACAAGCUGGCAGAGCGGAGGAUACUCGAGUCUCUGAAGGAAGAAGAUAUCAUCCAUGGUGAUAUUGGCGACAUGAUGGAGAGAAGGUUGGGUGCCGUCUUCAUGCCUCAUGGUCUCGGGCACUUGCUUGGAAUCGACGCCCAUGAUCCCGGAGGCUACCCCGAGGGUUUAGAGAGGCCGGAUGAGCCGGGAUUGAGAUCCUUGCGGACCACAAGAGAACUUAAACAAGGCAUGGUUAUCACGGUCGAGCCGGGAUGUUAUUUCAUUGACGCUUUGCUGAGGCGUGCUAGGGAUGACCCAAUUUGCUCAGAGUUCUUCAACUGGGAAAAGAUAGAAAUGUACAGAAGCUUUGGUGGUGUGCGCAUCGAAAGUAAUGUGUAUGUGACGGCGCAAGGAUGCAAGAACCUCACGAACUGCCCCCGAGAGAUCUGCGAAAUCGAAGCGGUAAUGGCUGGCGCGCCAUGGCAUUCACGUGAUUCCUGUUCCAGUGCGACAACAAUAGAGAAUGGCCUUCCCAAAGCCUAAGCACUUCAAUUCGCGAUGCCCUUGAGAAAAAAAAAGAUAACGGUAAUAAUUUUAUGAAACAUAGGGUACUAUUUUUGCAGAAUAAAUAUAGGGUACUUUGAUAAACAAAGAACCUCUCACAAGCUGUUUAUAGGUUUUGAGUUUUUAUUAUAAUAUAAGAUAGACUAAGAUUUGUUCUAGCUUGUCUUGUACUAAAAGAAUAUUAUGUAUUUCUAUAUGUUAUAUAUGCUCACGAGGCUCGAGCAAUACAAGAAACAAUUCCAAGCUAUCAUAUAC